GUGACUCCCGCCGCGUGUAAACAUUGAGAGGACGCGGUUAUUUAUAAACACAUCGUGUCUCGCUGUUUCUGCGUUAACAGUGCUAAUUAUUGGCGGAGAAAAGAAGCGGAGGAUGGAAACUGAAAAUACUCGGCCGUACUUCUUCGGAGACAUCGGCUGCUGGUCAGAGAGAACAGAGGUCCACAAAGCAGCAUCUCUCGGGCAGGUCUCCAGGCUGCAGGAUCUCAUCCAGAGCGGAGCUUCAGUCAACAUCGUGGCAGUUGACUCCGUCACACCGCUACAUGAGGCCUGCGUCCGUGGACAGGCCCAGUGUGUCCAGCUGCUGCUGGAAGCUGGAGCCCAGGUGGAUGCGCGGAACGUGGAUGGCAGCACCCCGCUGUGUGAGGCCUGUUCAGCAGGUAGUUUAGAAUGUGUGAAGAUUUUGCUGGAACAUGGCGCCAAAGCCAACCCUGCCCUCACCUCCCGUACAGCCUCCCCCCUCCAUGAGGCCUGCAUGGGAGGAAACUCAGACUGUGUGAAGCUGCUGAUUGAACAGGGUGCUGGUCUGGAGGCGUAUGACCUUUACUAUGGGACCCCGCUGCAUGUGGCGUGUGCUAACAAACACACAGACUGUGUUAAAGUGCUGCUAAAUGCAGGUGCUAAAGUGAACGCUGCCAGGCUGCACGACACUCCGCUGCACCACGCCGCUAAAAGCAUGCUAGUGGACAUGAUCGAGAUACUGGUGGAGUUCGGAGCCAACAUUUACGCCAGAGAUCAACACAACAAAAAACCGGUGGACCACACCACUCUGGGCUCUCCGUCUGCAACCUACCUACAAUCUUAUGAAGUCACUCCCAUGAGUCUGCAGCAGCUCAGCAGGCUGGCUGUGAGGAAGAAGCUGGGCACCGGUGCUCUGAAGGACAUAGGUCAACUGGAUAUACCAAAACUCCUCAUCAGUUACCUCUGCUAUCAGUGAGCGGGAAGAGCCUCCAGGAGGAGCUGGGUGAGCGCUCACAGAGAGACUGGAAACUCGCUGCGCUGCCGCACAAAUUCUGCAAAGGUGCCGUUAGGUUUUUAUAAGAGUAGACAGAUAGUUUAGUUAAAUUCACCUGCUUCUUAAAUUACUGCACCUUAAGAGUCAAGACAUCUGCCAAAACGAAAUAACUUCAACUAGGUUUAAAUAUUACUAUCAUUAAAAGUUAUUAGAACAAGCAAUUUCCAUUUACCAGAACUGGAAUACUUGUGUCGGUAAAGGCACAGUUCAGUCCAGUGUAUGCCAGGAUCAGACUGUAAGAUAUCAGUCCAGUAAUGCUGAGGUGUCUCGAGAACAAGCCAAGAGUUCAUUUUUUAUGGAGUGUUUUGAACAAUGUUUCACCACACAUUAAAAAAGCCAACAUUAGAUGAAGCAAUAAACCUCAAAAUCACAUUUUUUAAACUCCUGUUAAAUAUGCAGCACGUCAGACCUCAUGACCCACACUUGCUGGUCUCAUUUUAGCCCCUGUAGUGUGUCAACUGACGAGUCUCUCAGAACUUUUUUUCUGUUACCUUAAUCCUACAGGAGUACACACACAACCAUAAGCAUAGAGAAGUGAAAGAAGGUUGUUGUUGUUGUUGUUAAGGUCUCCUACAUUUAUUAUUAAGUUGUAAAGAUUUGACUUUAUGACACCUCAUCUGACAGUGAGCGUGUUAAGGGUCACAGGUAUCAUGUGGUCUGAUCCUGGCAUUUAUUAAGUAGACUUUACCCUGGAUUCUGAUUCUGCACGUGCACAAGUCAAACUGAACAAAAUGCAAACAAACAAACAACUGGGAAACAAACAUAUCUUUAAUGUAACAAGUAACACCACUUGCACUUUUUAAUCUCUCAUUAGAUUUCAAACUACUCUCAACUUUGAUAAUUGCAUUG